CAGUCGCCGCCUAUUGGUGCGCUCGGUGGCGUCACGUUGCGCGAUUGGUCAGUUUGACUGCGUUCUUCAUUUAAACGGGUAACUGGCGCUAUAGUGUUUGUGAAGGGGCGUUUGAGUUGCGGGUACCGCUCGGUACGUUGUGCUACGCAGGCGGAGUUGCCGAGGCCUCCAUUCCCUCACUGAUUCACGGGUUUCCCUGCAGGUACACACGACUGUGGGACGCUCUAAGGUCGUGGUGCCAUGGCAGAAGCGCAGGACCUCUACACAUUCGAUGCACCUUCCACUUUCAUUAACUUUACUGCCUUCCAUGAGGAUCACGGCGCUGACUCCUGGUUUGACAAAGUGACCAAUGCGGAAAAUAUUCCCCCAGACCAGAGACAGCUCUCUGAGAUUCCUGCUGUGAAUGCAGAGCAGAAUGGCAUGGUGGAGCCAGAAGAGACCUCCCCUUCAAAGGAGACAGUUUCUGAGAGUGCUGCACAUUUUAGUGAUGGGAAAUCCCAGGCAAGGCGGUCAUCCAGGCGCAUGUCUAGGAAGCACCGGCAGAAGCUCCUCGUGAAAAUGAGAGAGACGCGCCUGGAGAAAGAGACUGCGCAGUCAGACUGCCCGCCAACCAAGAAACUAAAGGGGUCCAGCACUAAAGGCGCACGUACCCCAGUAAUCCGGGGCCAGCCCAGAAGCGGCCAUGGCAGCAACACCUCUCCCAGACCAAAAGCUCCACUGACCCUGCCCUCGACUCCGACUGUACUGAAGAGGAAGAAUGUAAUGGUGAAGCCUAAAAGCUCAGAAGAACAAGAGCUUGAGAGAAUGCAAGAACUUCAGAAGGAAAUGCUGGAGAAUCUAAAGAAAAAUGAGCAUUCAAUGAAAGCUGCCAUAAGUGGCACAGGACCCUCAGUGAAGAAGAGUGCCGUACCUAUUACAAAACCAGUGGAUUUUCACUUUAAAACCGAUGACCGGCCCAAGCGGGUUGCUGACCAGCCUAAGGGAGAGGAAUAUAAAGAGGUGGACUUUGCCGCAGCGUUGAGGAAACACCCACCAUCCCCGGUUUCCAAAGCGGCGCUCACAGUCCCUAAACCCUUUAACCUCUCCAAGGGCAAGCGCAAGCACGAGGAGGCCUCAGAGUUUGUCUCCACCGCUGAGCAGGUUAUAUCCUUCUCCAAGAAAACUCCGGCGCGGUACCAUCUGCGCAGCCGCCAGAGGGAGCUAGAGGGCCCCUCCCCAGUGAAGAUGGUCCGCCCUAAACUGACCAACCCAAAGACCCCACUGCUCCAAACCAAACAGCGGCUCCGGCCUGUUAUGUGUAAAAGUGCCGCAGAGCUGGAAGCAGAGGAACUGGAGAGGAUCCAGCAGUACAAGUUUAAGGCUCAGGAACUGGACAGCAGAAUCCUAGAAGGGGCUCAAGUUCUCCCUAGGAAGCCCCCCGUUAAGGAACCCACUAAAGCCAUUGGCUUUGACUUGGAAAUAGAGAAGAGAAUCCAGCAGCGGGAGAAGAGAGACGAAGGGGAAGAAGAGGCUUUCACCUUCCAUUCUAGACCUUGUCCUUCCAAACUGCUGACAGAGGUGGUGGGCGUCCCCCUUAAGAAGCUGCUCCCAGUGACGGUGCCUCAUUCGCCUUCUUUUGCUCUUAAGAACAGAGUGCGCCUCCCAGCGCGGGAAGAGAAGGAAGAGGAGGUGCCGGCUAUUAAAGCCACUGCAAUGCCCCACUACGGCGUGCCUUUCAGGCCAAAACUGGUACAACAGAGACAAGUUGAAGUCUGUCCUUUUUCAUUCUCUGAUCAGGACCGAGAGAGACUUCUGCGGAAAGAGAAACGGAUGGAGGAACUCCGCAAAGAGGAGGUCCACAAGUUCAAGGCUCAGCCGCUGCCCGAGUUUGGGCAUGUCUCUCUGCCUGAAAAGAGGGUGAAGAUGCCAACCCAGCAGGAGCCGUUUGUGCUGGAGAUUGACAAACGGGGGGCCCCCAGGUUGCAGCGCUGGCAGCAGCAGGUCAAAGAAGAACAAAAGCAGCAGAAAGAAAUGGCCGUGUUCAAGGCAAGGCCCAACACUGUGGUCCACCAAGAACCCUUCCUUCCCAAGAAGGAAUCCCGUUGCCUCACAGCUACGGAAGGCUUUGAACUGGCCACAGAGAAACGGGCCAAGGAGCGCCAGGAGUUUGAGAAGAGUUUGGCAGAGAUGGAGGCUCAAAAGAGCCUUUUGGAAGAGGAAACCCGGCAGCGACAGGAGGAAGAGGAGAGGGAGGAGAUCAGUCAUCUGAGGAAAGAGCUGGUACACAAAGCGCAGCCAAUCAGGAAGUACAAAGCUGUGGAUGUGAAAGCCAGUGACACCCCCCUUACCAUCCCUGAGUCCCCCAACUUCUCAGACAGGUUCAAAUGCUGAUGCCCCUGCCAAUCUGUUUUUCGGGGGUUGCUGCCUGUUCAUGCCCUGGAUCAUACAGUCUGUUGCACAAACCCAUAUCCUGUGCAUAAUGGCAUGGACGCAGGGGCGUGUCUCUGGGCAAUGGGGGCGGGGUUUGUAAAUUCUAAAUCUUGGAUGGCUAUUAUAUUAGAUGGAGGCGUCUGUUUUUAGGUCUCCCUGUGUAAAUAUGUAUGCUUUUAUUCCUUGUAAUAAACUUUGUAAAAUGUG